UGGCACAAUCAGAAAAACACACUCAACUCAUCCCUCUUCCAUGCCCCUCUCUCUCUCUCUCUCUCUCUCUUCAUAUGCACUCUCAACUGAAAGUGAAAAGCUCUCUCCUUUCCUCUUAAAAAGCUCCCCUUUCUCUGUUUCAGCACAAGAGAAGGGGAAGGGUGCGUUCCUCUAACUCAUUUCAGCUUGGCAUUAGAGUAUUUCAUCUACAUUCUGUACUUCCUUGAUUGGUCGCUGGGUCGCAUCCCGUUUUCAGCCAUUAUACGCUCAUUGAUCGCCUCAGUUAUGGUCUACUAGAGUGAAAGAGGACCCAGUUCUUUGUUUUAAAGUCCGGGUAAGCAAGAAACAUGGAAGAGACCUUUGUACCAUUUCGUGGAAUAAAGAAUGAUCUUCGUGGGAGGUGGUUGUGCUACAAGCAAGACUGGACUGGCGGAUUCAGGGCAGGCUUUAGGAUAUUGGCGCCCACCACAUACAUAUUUUUUGCCUCGGCAAUCCCGGUCAUUUCAUUUGGAGAACAACUGGAAAGAAACACAGAUGGGGUUCUCACAGCAGUCCAAACACUGGCUUCUACGGCAUUAUGCGGAAUCAUACACUCCUUAAUCGGGGGACAGCCUCUACUGAUUCUUGGGGUUGCAGAGCCAACUGUAAUUAUGUACACGUUCAUGUUCAACUUCGCAAAAGACAGACCUGACUUGGGAUCGAAACUCUUCCUAGCUUGGACCGGAUGGGUUUGUGUGUGGACUGCGUUAUUACUUUUUCUGCUGGCCAUACUAGGAGCUUGUUCCAUCAUCAAUAGGUUCACUCGUAUUGCUGGAGAAUUGUUUGGCCUUCUUAUAGCAAUGCUUUUCAUGCAGGAAGCCAUUAAAGGAUUGGUUGAUGAGUUUCACAUACCCGAGAGAGAAAAUCCAAAUCUUCUUGAAUUCCAACCUUCAUGGAGAUUUGCAAAUGGCAUGUUUGCUUUGGUUCUGUCAUUUGGCCUUCUGCUGACAGCAUUAAGAAGCAGAAAAGCAAGAUCCUGGCGUUAUGGAUCAGGGUGGCUCCGAGGCUUCAUUGCAGAUUAUGGGGUUCCUUUGAUGGUUCUCAUAUGGACUGGAAUUUCCUAUGCACCAGCAGAAAGCAUUCCUAAAGGAAUACCGAGGCGUCUUUUCAGCCCAAACCCUUGGUCUCCUGGUGCAUAUGAGAAUUGGACUGUUAUAAAGGACAUGCUAAAUGUGCCGGUUCUUUAUAUCCUUGGAGCCUUCAUCCCAGCGACAAUGAUUGCAGUUCUCUAUUAUUUCGAUCACAGUGUGGCUUCUCAGCUUGCUCAGCAGAAAGAAUUCAACCUAAGAAAACCACCUUCUUUCCAUUAUGAUUUGCUUCUUCUGGGCUUUUUGACUAUACUAUGUGGUCUUAUUGGCAUCCCUCCAUCAAAUGGUGUCAUUCCUCAAUCCCCCAUGCAUACAAAAAGUCUCGCUACGCUUAAGCAUCAGUUACUGAGGAACAGACUUGUGACAACUGCUCGGAAUUGCAUGAGGAAGAAUACGAGUCUCCCUCAAGUAUAUGGAAGCAUGCAAGAAGCCUACCAACAGAUGCAGACCCCACUAAUUUACCAGGCACCUUCUGCUCAGGGACUGAAGGAUUUGAAAGAAUCAACCAUUCAAAUGGCCACGAGCAUGGGGAACAUCAACGCUCCUGUUGAUGAAACAGUGUUCGAUGUCGAGAAAGAGAUCGACGACUUAUUGCCGGUUGAGGUGAAAGAGCAACGGCUCAGUAACCUUCUUCAGGCUUUGCUGGUCGGUGGAUGUGUAGCCGCGAUGCCUUUGCUGAAGAAGAUCCCAACCUCUGUUUUGUGGGGUUAUUUUGCAUUCAUGGCCAUCGAGAGCUUACCAGGCAACCAGUUCUGGGAGAGGAUCCUACUGCUGUUCACGGCUCCCAGCAGAAGAUACAAGGUGCUUGAGGAGUACCACGCAACUUUCGUGGAGACCGUGCCAUUCAAAACGAUUGCAAUGUUCACAAUUUUCCAGACAGCAUACUUGCUUGUUUGUUUCGGGAUAACAUGGGUUCCAAUAGCUGGGGUUCUUUUCCCAUUGAUGAUCAUGCUUUUGGUUCCUGUGAGGCAAUACAUUCUGGCCAAGUUCUUCAAAGGAGCUCACCUCCAAGAUUUAGACGCUGCAGACUAUGAAGAGGCACCGGCCUUACCAUUUCACCUGGCAACUGAAGGGGAGAUUACUCGGACAUCUUUCCCUGAUGAUGGAGAGAUUUUAGACGGCAUGAUUACGCGGAGCAGGGGCGAGAUGAGGCGAACAUGUAGCCCUAAGGUCGUGAGCUCAACCUCAACACCAUCUCGAGACAUCGCUGACAUUCAGAGUCCGAGGGUCUCAGUCUCAGAUAAGGUGUACAGCCCACGCAUCAGUGAACUUAGAGGGGAUCAGAGUCCGCGACUUGGUGGAAGAGGCCUGUCAAGUCCCAGAGCUGUGGAAAUGAGACCGUCUAACUUAGGGAAAACUGGGUAGAGAUAAAAUCUCAUAUAUCGAUAUAGAUUCUAAACUUGCUGCUGAAUGAUGAAUGGGAGAAAUCGAGGUUAGGUAGGAGAACGGAAUAUCCCUUUGUUAACUUGAUUUGGCUGUUCUAAAUGUAAAGUAUUGUUCAUUCAUAUUUGUAUUUGUGCUAGCAGUUGUAGUAACAUUCUCUUCAUACUUUUGGUUCCCGUUCAUCGUUCUUGAUGACUCUUGAGAUACAAGUGAUUUGAAUUUA